CCAAAAGAGCCCCCAAGGAUGCUGCGCCGCACAUGCGCGUUGUGCACCUACCGGAGCGCCAGAGGUAGGGAAGGCAGCCCUAAUGGCGGAGAAUGUACGCUCGCCUUUUGACUACCGGGAGCCACCGACCCUCGACAGCGACGGGGAUGGGAGCAAGCCGCCGCCGCCGCGGGGCCGCGUAUGUGGGAGAAAAAGGAAGGGGACGCCCGUGAAGGUGUGCGACCGAGCGUACGUAACAGAAGAUGAGGAGGAGGAGAGCAUGUCGGAGCACAGCUACAGCCCUGGUGAUGGGCAGUACGCAGAGGGGGCAGAAGACCGCCUCCCCCCGCCCGGCAGCCCCUACUACCUGCCCGAUCCCACUCAGCUCUGCGUGCCCGAGCUGGGGGAGGACGGGGCGAGCGGCGUCGGGGGACCCGUGCUCUUCCACCCGCCCCCCAACUGCCGGAUCCGAGAAGUCCACUGCGGGACUCAGGUGCGGCUGGUCGUCAUCGCCAUACGAGACAUCGUCAAAGGGGAGGAGAUCACGGUGGACUACAGCCUGACGGACUGGGGCGAGAACGCCAUGGAGGAAGACGGUGGCCCCCACCCGCUGUCCCUCUCCGUCUCGGAUUACCUGACCCCCUCCUGGUCGCUGUCGCCCUCGUCCUCGCCGCUCACCCACUCCGAGCCCAGCGACUCGGACCGGGAGGAAGACGAGGAGGAGGAGGACGACGACGAUGACGACGACGACGAAGAGGAGGAGAUGGAGGAGAUGAGGGGCCGCAUGCUCCGCCGCCGCAAGAAGCGCAAGAUCCCCGCGGCGGUCAACUCCAAGAAGAAGAGCGCGCCCACCUCCUCCCGGGGCCCCGGGCGCCCCUGCUCCUCCUUCUCCCGCCCCGCCUCCGUUCCGCCGCCGGGCCGGUCACAGCCGCAGCCCUCGGUGGGCUCGCUGGCUCCGCCCACCACGAACAUAAACAAUAACAUCAACAUAAACAUCGGCAGCUCCAGCGGCGCCACGGUGAGCCGGCGGCAGCACUGCCCGUACUGCGGCCGCCACUACCGCUCGCUGGCGCGCCACCUGGAGAAGCACCACGCCAACCAGCCAGAGGUCCGCACCGCCAUGGAGAUGGCCCACCUCCACACGCAGAACCCCUCCAACGGCAGCGCCGCGCACCCCCACCCCUCCUCCUCGUCCUCCGCCCCCCACGGCCACUCCUUCGCCGUGCCGCAGCCCUCGCCCUCCAACCCCGCCCCGCCCUCGCUCUUCGCCAGAGAGCGGGAGUCGCCCGCCACCCGCUCCAGCACCGGCAGCGUCUCCUUCUCCCUCUCGCUCUCGCCGUCCCCGACUUCGACUCAGCCCGCUGCCGCCGCCGCCACCGCCGCCAAGAAGGGACCCAGCCUACCGCUGGCGCCCUCCAAACUCCCGGCGUCCCCGAUGGCGGCGCGCGUGAAGAGCCCGUCGCCGCCUCCGCCGUCAACACCAAAGAGGGGUCGGAGGAUGAAGAAAGAGAAGCACGAAGAGCCGCCGAAGGUGGAGGUGGAGAGCGCAAGAAACCAGGAGGAGCUGGCUCCGCCUCCCACGCCGGAGCCGGACAUCGACCCCGAGGAGGAUCUGGAGCUGAGCGCCGACGGCGAGGACGAAGCGCCGGAGGAGAAGAAUGGAGAGACGGAGAGCCCGCCGAGGCACCACAUCUCGCCGCUGCUGUCGUCCCUGUCCUGCCUGGUCCUGUACCUGCGGCGCCAGCAGCACUCCGCCUACCAGUCGCUGAGCCGCUCGCCGCACUCGGCCGAGGCCUGGCGGCUGCUCUGCCACUCCAGCCUCUCCCUGCUCAUCCUCUACAACCGGCACCGGGAGUGCGAGGUGGCCAAGCUCACCAUCCAGGACUACCGCAGCCGCGUCACCCCGCAGCCGGGCGCCGCCUCCAACCCCGCCUCCGGCAUCGAGGCCCUGCUGUCGCCGUUCGAGCGCCAGGUCCUGUGCCAGCUGCCGCGCGCCGGCGUCCUGGGCAAGCGCGGCCGCGUCCAGCCGCUCAUCCUGCCGCCGCACUGCGAGUCCUGCCUGGACCUGCUGCUGCGGACCAGCCCCAACGUGGGCGUGGACCCCGAGAGCCCGUACGUCUUCUCCCGGCCCUACCACUCCCCCGCCACCCCGCUGCGGGGCACGGACCUGCUGAGGAACCUGGCGAGGUCCAGCGGGGCGAAGAACGCCGGCGCGCUGACGGCGACACGCGUGCGGCGGCAGGUGGCCAUCCUGACGCAGCUGCUGCUGCUGGACGAGUGCGAGGGCCAGGGCGCUGCCACCAAGCGGCUGGAGGACUUCCUGGAGAACGAGUACCACGUGACCCAGAACUGCUCCGGCAUCAUCCGGGACCCGGCCCUGAUGGGCCGGGUCGGCCGCGUCAUCCUGUACGGGGAGAGGGAGGGCGUGCUUUUCCGAGGGAUGAGCCUUCAGCACAUCUGCCUCGAGCUGGACGUGAUGUCUGGGAACUCGGCCGACUCCUUCUCGGAGGAUUCCGAGGCAGAGAGGGAGAAAGAGGAGGUGAAGGAGAAGCCGGAGCCCGUGGUGAAAAAGAAAGGCCCGGGCCGGCCCCCGCGGAAGAAGAAGGCCUGCGCCCCGUCGCCGGCCGCCCCCCCAUCGAUACCAAACGUCCACAAGAGGAGAACCAUCCCGCCCAAAUCAGGUAAGCGCGGCGUGCUGAAGCGCCCCUGGUCGGAGGCGGAGCGCGUCGCCGUGGAGACCCACCUGAAGAGGAACCUGAUGGAGCUGCGGGUGCCCGCCAAGGCGGACUGCGAGCGCUGCCUGGAACUCUGCCCCCUGCUGGUGAGCAACCAGCGGGACUGGAGGGCCAUCAAGUUCUACGUCCACAACCGCAUCCAGCUGCUGAAGAAGCAGGGGCGGAGGGAGAGCGCCGCCGCCGUCAGCUAGAACGAACGCGAGCGGGAGAGACGCGCGAAGGAGGGCGAGCGAGGGCGUCGUGUACAAAAAAAAAAAAACCACCAGCAAUCACAAAACGCGGGGCUGAGACUCUGCGGCGGUGGGGUGCAGCUUUCUCUUUUUCCUUUCCCGGUCGUAAGGGAGUAGUGUAAUACAAGCGACGUAAGCUACAGAGGCGGGUGGAGGAUCCUGUGUCGGCGGUGUCGGGGACGCCGUGUGUGUCCCUCACACGGAUUGGACAAAAUGUAUUAUUACAUGUGAAUAUGAGUUCAGACCGUGAAUGCUUUUCUUAAAGAAAACACUUUUUUUUUUAAUGGUAUUUUUACUUUGAUAGAUAGCUGACAGUGUUGAGAGAAAGAUGGUUAAAAGAAAACAAAACAGCAACUCUAAAAGGUCUGCGAUGCGGUGUGUGUGUGUGUUCUCCAGGCCGCCAGACCACAUCCUCCGUCUUGCAUUUACUUCCACUGAAGGCUGACGACCAAACAUGAAUGUUUAAAGCUUUGGAGGAGGAAACCAAUGGUUUUAAUCUUAAAAAAAAAAAAAAAAAAAAAAAAAAAUCCCCACAGGUAGACUGUGUUGUGUGAAAACAAAUGAACUUGUAUAGUUUGUGUUUGAUACUGACUGAUAUUGUACGCCCGAGGAGUGUAUUUAAAACAAAAAGAAAAAAACAAAAGUUCAGAGUUUCAGACCAUGAUCCACCUGUGAAGUGUUUUUUGCAUACCUCUAUAGUAAGACUAGUAUGUAUCAAGGCACGCCUACUUGAAUUUAUUGCGUAUCUUUUUUUUUUUCUUCUUUUUUUGUCUUUCAGAAUCAACAUAUGGUCUUAUUCACAAUGUAAAUACUUCCUAAUCUAUAACAGUAUGCAGUAGUGAUGACAAAGUUAGUCCUGUGUUCGGGUGUAAAUACUGUAAAUAUUAUCUGUACUUAUUAAAGUGUACGACAUUUUGA